CACUCAUCAAGAUGGAAAGCUCAGACUCUAGUGAUAAAGGAAAUAUUGAUCAAUCAGAAGCACAACGUCAGAGUCAGCUAGAUCGGUUAGAUCGAGAAGAAGCUUUCUAUCAGUUUGUAAACAACCUGAGUGAAGAGGACUACAGGCUUAUGAGAGAUAACAAUUUGCUAGGAACACCAGGUGAAAUUACUGAAGAAGAGUUGCUGAGAAGGCUACACCAAGUUAAAGAAGGUCCGCCACAGCAAAACAGUGAUGAGAAUAGAGGUGCAGAGUCCGCAGAAGAUGUUUCAAAUGGAGAUUCUAUAAUAGACUGGCUUAAUUCAGUCCGACAGACUGGAAAUACAACACGAAGUGGGCAGCGAGGAAACCAGUCUUGGAGAGCAGUGAGCCGGACUAACCCAAAUAGUGGUGACUUCAGAUUCAGUUUGGAAAUAAAUGUCAACCGUAAUAAUGGGAACACAAAUCCAGAAACUGAGAAUGAGCCAUCUGUAGAGCCUUCCAGUGGGGAGGAUUUGGAAAACAGCCAAAGUGACUCUGAAAUUCCAAGGUCUGAAUCACCAUCCGUAAGGCAGCCUGGAUCAGAAAGGAGCACUUCAGAGGAGCUAACAACUGAGGAAGCUUCCCUUCCUAGAGGGCAGAGGAGAGCAAGAAGUAGGAGUCCAGAACAGCGGAGAACGCGGGCUAGGACUGAUAGAAGUAGGUCACCUAUUAAUCCAGUGAGUGAGACUCCUCGCAGGUCUCACCACAAUACAUCAUCUCAAACACUUGACCACUCCUCAGUGAAUGAAGCUGAGGGAAGCUCUAGAACUAGGCAGCAUGUGACAUUAAGGCAGCAUACAGUGGGGACUGAGAUGCCAAGUGAAAACGCAGUUCUGUUUUCAACCCCUGAAACAAGACCUGUUCCUCAAGCAGCAGGUUCUUCAGAAACUAACGGCACCAGUGAGUCUGCAGCUCCUGGGCAGAGGCCUCCUACCAUAGUACUCGAUCUUCAGGUGAGAAGAGUUCGUCCAGGAGAAUAUCGGCAAAGAGACAGCAUAGCCAACAGAACUCGGUCGAGGUCCCAGACACCGAACAACACAGUCACUUACGAAAGUGAACGGGGAGGGUUUAGGCGCACAUUUUCACGUUCAGAACGGGCUGGAGUGAGAACUUACGUCAGUACCAUUAGGAUUCCUAUCCGUAGGAUCUUAAACACAGGCUUGAGUGAGACUACAUCAGUUGCUAUUCAGACUAUGCUAAGGCAGAUAAUGACAGGCUUCGGAGAGCUGAGUUACUUCAUGUAUAGUGAUAGUGAUGCAGAUCCUAGUGGCCCAACUCCAAAUCAGAACGUGGAUGCUUCUGAGCCACAGAACGGAGGUGGUGGUACUUCAAGCAAUGAAAGUACAGAUGUUAGCUCAGGGGAGGUGUAUGAAGGUGGUAAUGAAGGUGGUUCAACGUCUGGUGCCAGACGGGAAGGUCGGAAUACGAGGGGAUCGGUCACAUUUGAAGAAAGUGGUUCUCUACCAUUCCUUAGCCUAGCACAAUUUUUCCUACUAAAUGAAGAUGAUGAUGACCAACCAAGAGGACUCACCAAAGAACAAAUUGACAACCUAGCGAUGAGGAAUUUUGGUGAGAGCGAUGCUCUGAAAACCUGUAGUGUGUGUAUUACAGAGUACACGGAAGGCAACAAGCUCCGUAAAUUGCCUUGUUCGCACGAGUAUCACGUCCACUGCAUUGAUCGCUGGUUAUCAGAAAAUUCCACUUGUCCCAUUUGUCGCAGAGCAGUCUUAGCUUCUGGUAACAGAGAGAGUGUUGUCUAAAUGAGAUCUGAAUUUAUGGCCAAGCAGCUAGUGUGAUAGUGAUGGGCAAAGAAGUCACUUCCUUUAUGGCCACUUUUUGAGUGGUACCUCAGUGUAUAGUAAUGACUUGGAGUGCAUCUUCCCUCAUGAAAGCAUUUUCUCUGAAUUCAAGCUUUUAAAAUUGGAAAAUUUCUUUAAUUAGGGUUUUCAAGAUCUAGUUGGUUUGGGUGUUAAAUUUCACUUGUCCAAAGACUUCUACCCACUUAAAAAUAUUUUUUUUUUCUUUGUGAAGAGUAUUAAGUUCUUUCCCCAACCCAGCCCCUGCCAUCCCAGUCCAAUAAACAUUUUGUCCUCAAGGUUGUGCUUAUGAGGAGUUCUUUGAGAAGUCAUCCCAGCUAAAUGUACAUGAGACGUAGAGGAAUUUUUGCAAGAAAUCCAACUAUCUGAAAAAAUAAUAUGAACUUAAUUGCACACUUGAACAUACUUUUAAUUUUCAUACUGGGUUAAUAUUGGACAUGUCUGUGUAAAUAACACUAAUGUUAGCCCUUUCCCCAUCACUAUGGCACGCUGUAGGAUGAGCUGUUAGCUUAAUUGGGAUAUUUAUCUUGUUGUGGAAAUAUAAGAAUUGCCUAUGCUUGUUUAAAUAAAAAAAAUCUGUUUUAAAAUUGUAAAGCUUUUUUGUAGAAGCUCAGUACUUUUCCAAUGCACUGUUGUACUAACGCAUUAAGAAUUAAAAUUGUACCAUGCUUAGAAAUCAAGAAUGCUUUUCAUACAAAACCCACCACACAGACAGCAAACUAAAUACAAGAGAGCUGCUUUUGUAACUGUGUACCUGUCAAGAGCAGUGCAUAUCUGUACUAUUUAUGUGAACAGCUACUGUAAUAUAAAAACAGUUGAAUUAGACAUCUUAAUUGCAUUAAAAAAACGGAAAUUAAAUG